UUCGGCCUGUAUUUGAGGUUCUCGUCUCCAAUUUCAUCUGUUGCACAUGCUUCAGACAAUGACAUUCUCCUGGACGCGGGUGCCACUUUUAAGCGGGUGUGACCAAUUAACGCCCUGGCCCGCCCGGUCGGUCGGCGGUCGGCCUGCACUGGAGCAUCGCCAGAAAUUUUGUCGGGUCGACGUGGGUUGAAUCCGAGAAGUGAUGACAAACCUCUUGAUUCCCGGACCCGCGGAGCUGCGGAAGCACCAUCCGACCCUCGUUUUCCCCGACGUCUGCUCCGACCGUUUGCGCCUGUCUUUCUGAUUUUCGAGUACCGAUCACGACGACACAAUGUACCGCACGGCUCUCCGCCCCUCGCAAAGCGCAUUGCGCGCAAUCCGGUCCACCACCUCCCCGUCGGCCCUCGUCUCCUCCGGUGCCCGCCGCUUUGCCUCCACAACCUCCGCGCCCAAGAAGAGCACAUGGAAGGGUGCCGCCGUACGAUGGGGUCUCGCCAUCGCUGCUGUCUACUACUACAACACCAGCCCCAUCUUCUCCGAUGAGCUUCCCGAGACCGCCGGUACCGCCCCCUCCCAGCUGACCGACGCCGACCUUCCCACCGUCGAUGCCAUUGUCGAAGAGAAGAGACGCCAGGCCGCCGAGCAUGCUACCGCCAGGAAGGCUGCCCAGGCUGCCGCCAAGGCCGCUGCCACCCCGGCGACACCUUCCGAGUCGGUAGAGGAACAGAUCACCAAGGCCGAGGCCGAGGCUGAGGCCGUGCCCGAGGGCGAUUCCAAGCCCAAGUCCGAGUCCACCGAGGGUGUCAUCCCCGAGGCUGGCGCCUCCCCUGAGGCUCUCCAGGAGGAGGCCGAUGCCCAGGGCGCCUUCAACCCCGAGACCGGCGAGAUCAACUGGGACUGCCCGUGCCUGGGCGGCAUGGCUCACGGCCCUUGCGGCGAGGAGUUCAAGGCUGCUUUCAGCUGCUUCGUCUACUCCACUGAGGAGCCCAAGGGCAUGGACUGCAUUGAGAAGUUCUCUCACAUGCAGGACUGCUUCCGCAAGUACCCCGAGGUCUACGGCGCCGAACUAGCUGACGAUGAGGAGGCUGAGCGCGCCUCUGCCGCUGCCCCCGCCGCCGAGGGCACCCCCGCCAAGGAGGAGCCUGUCGAGAACAAGAAGGAGGAGGCUCUCGAGACCGCUACCCACGAUGCUACCGCUGCCAACAACAACAAGAAGCAGUAAUAAAUAAACAGAUUACGAACAAUGACCAACCACACAUAGCUGGCCUGUUGCUGCUAUGUCUACAGCUUUUGGCACCACUGCUCUGUACGAUUUGACACAUGGCAUAGAGGGAGAGAGGAAAAAAGGGAGAAGACAGGCGCAAUGACGGCGACCGCA